AUGGAUCAGUUUUCUACACCAUCUUUUAUUCCUGAAUCGUUUCAAGGCGCUGGAAAUGACAUAACAAUGCAACUGACAUUGUUUUGGAGUCAGAUCAGAGCGCCAUUGAUAGUUCCAUUGUUGAAACUUUCAGUGGCUAUUUGUUUGACCAUGUCGAUUAUGCUAUUCAUUGAAAGGGUUUAUAUGAGUAUUGUCAUUGUUCUGGUGAAGUUGUUUGGCCGCAAACCUGAGAAGAGAUACAAAUGGGAGCCAAUGAAAGACGAUAUCGAGUUGGGUAACUCAGCUUAUCCAAUGGUCCUGGUUCAAAUCCCAAUGUACAACGAACGAGAGGUUUAUCAGCUCUCCAUUGGUGCUGCAUGUGGCCUUUCUUGGCCGUCCGAUCGGAUCAUCAUUCAAGUUCUUGACGAUUCCACAGACCCAACAAUAAAGGACUUGGUGGAGCUAGAGUGCCAAAGAUGGGCGAGUAAAGGGAUAAAUAUAAAGUAUGAGAUAAGAGGAAACAGAAAUGGGUACAAAGCGGGGGCUCUAAAGGAAGGGAUGAAGCGUAGCUAUGUAAAACACUGCGAUUAUGUAGCCAUUUUCGACGCUGAUUUCCAACCGGAGCCUGAUUUUCUCUGGCGCACCAUUCCUUUUCUUCUUCACAACCCUGAAUUAGCCCUGGUUCAAGCUCGCUGGAAAUUUGUGAAUGCUGACGAGUGCUUGAUGACAAGAAUGCAAGAAAUGUCUUUAGAUUACCAUUUCACUGUGGAGCAAGAAGUGGGGUCUUCCACCUAUGCCUUCUUCGGCUUCAACGGGACAGCAGGUGUGUGGAGGAUUGCUGCUCUAACUGAGGCUGGAGGAUGGAAAGAUAGGACCACUGUUGAAGAUAUGGAUUUGGCAGUCCGAGCAAGUCUCAAAGGCUGGAAGUUUGUAUAUCUUGGUGAUGUAAAGGUGAAAAAUGAACUGCCAAGUACUUUCAAGGCUUAUCGGUAUCAACAGCACCGAUGGUCUUGUGGUCCUGCAAACCUUUUCAGGAAAAUGGUGAUGGAGAUUAUCAGAAACAAUAAAGUAUCUUUGUGGAAGAAGGUUCAUGUGAUCUAUAGCUUCUUUGUGGUGAGGAAGGUCGUAGCACACAUUGUCACAUUUAUCUUUUACUGCGUUGUAUUGCCGGCAACUAUUGUUGUCCCUGAAGUUGAGGUUCCAAAGUGGGGUGCUGUUUAUAUUCCUGCCGUUAUUACCAUUCUCAAUGCUGUUGGAACCCCAAGGUCACUCCACCUAAUGGUUUUCUGGAUCCUUUUUGAAAAUGUCAUGUCGCUGCACCGAACAAAAGCUACCUUUAUUGGCCUGAUGGAAGGUGUUAGAGUAAAUGAGUGGAUUGUUACUGAGAAAUUAGGAGAUGCCCUCAAGUUUAAAGCAGGAAGCAAAACACCCAGGAAACCUCGAUUCCUGAUUGGAGACAGAAUCCACAUGUUAGAACUUGGAGUUGGAGCGUUACUAUUCUUGUGUGGCUGUUAUGAUAUUUUCUUUGGCAAAAACCUCUAUUUCCUUUACCUUUUCUUGCAAGCCAUUGCAUUCUUCAUCGCGGGUUUCGGUUAUAUCGGCACCUUUGUCCCCCACUCUUAGUAUGAUUUCCGAGUUAACGGUUAAUGUAAUUCUUUCGGCCAUCUUGGCCUUUAGCAGGGUCAUUCUCUUCUUCUGCAACAUUAUAAGUGGCGUUCUUUGUGAUAGUUUCUGUAUAAAAAGAAAAGAGGUCAUUCUUUUUAGGUUGAGCAUAAGAAUUGGAGUCAUCAAUUUAGUUUAUCUUGUGAAUAUCUGAGAAAACCAAGGAAGUUACAUAACAAAGCGUUGUCAAUUUAUACAAAGAAGAUAAGGAUCAAGUGAAGACAGCUAUGGUUUCAGACCCCAAGAAGAUAGAGGAACAUUUUGGAAUGAAUUGUUUGAGAUUGUAAGAAUUGUAGAUUUUUUUUUUUUUUUUCUUCUUUCCGUUUUUGUUGUUGCUGGAAUUGUUUGAGGGAAUAAAUUGACAGGAAAUGGGUGAUUUCAGA